GAUCUUACCAGCAACAAGUGCACACGCACCACAUCCGUCAGCGAGCUCACCGACUCACAGAUUGGUGGCAUCUCUGCAGCGCGAACACUCUGGGGGCCCACAGGCUCGCUGCGGCGCAGUGUGCAGUGUAGGCGCAAGGAGGCGCAGCAGCACACGGGCGCAAGUGCAGGUGGAGCAAACAUAAGCCAUGAGUUUCUUAGAUGCACGAGAGCAUGGCUCCAAGCCAGGGAGUGGGUUCGUCUCCUCGCAGCAGGAGGCGAUUGACCGUCGUGAGCGGCUGCGGCGACUGGCACUAGAGACGAUAGACCUGUCCAAGGACCCUUACUUCAUGCGCAACCACCUGGGGCAGUACGAGUGCCGCCUGUGUCUAACGCUGCACACCAACGAGGGCAACUAUCUUGCGCACACCCAAGGCAAGCGGCACCAGCAGAACCUGGCCAAGCGCGCAGCACGGGACGCGGCUGAAAAGCCGGUGGCGCCAGCACCGCAGCGACGCGUGGCUGUGAAGAAGACGGUGCGCAUUGGGCGGCCGGGCUAUCGCGUCACCAAGCAGUUCGACCCAGAGAUGGGGGCGCGGGGGCUACUGUUCCAGAUUGAGUACCCAGAGAUUGAGGAGGGCACCAAGCCGCGCCACCGCGUCAUGUCCAGCUACGAGCAGCGCAAGGAGCCGUGGAGCAAGGAGUGGCAGUACCUGCUGUUUGCGGCGGAGCCGUAUGAGGUGAUAGCCUUCAAAAUCCCCAGUCUGGAGGUGGACAAGCACCCCGAGAAGCUGUUUACACACUGGGACCCAGACAACAGGGUUUAUUCGCUGCAGCUGCCUUUCAAGGCACCUGCGGCCCCAGCUGGCCGGCCAGGUAUGCAGCUGCCACCACAGCAGCUGCCACCACAGCAGCUGCCACCACCACCACAGCUUGCACCACCGCCGGCAUUCAGGAACAUGUAGCGAACUGAUCCAAAAAUCAGAUCUCACGAUCAUUUCUUGUCUGGACUAGUUGGCCCCUUUCCCUCCAGUUCUUAACAAACAACUGUAUGUGGUAAUUUACAAGAUGGAUGCUCUCUGGUUGUGUGCAAGAGAUGGCAGUUC